CUACCCUAGGAACUCCACUCGCGGUUACUGGUCACUACUGCGAUUGGCCUACGACAUACGAAACACGAGCGGCUCAAGUGAGGAGGGCUCUUCCUACCACAUUGCCCGACAUGGAAUUAAGAUCAUGAAGUUUCGGAAGUCCAAAAAUGCUAGGCAGGCUUUACUGUUCGGUAGUUGAAAACUCGGCCAUCUUACCUCCCCAGCUUGGAAACGCGUGUAAGUGUUCCCGUGCCAAGAUACCCAGGGUGCGAUCCAACGGACACAGUAAUUUGAGAUGCUGGAACUCAAAACGGAACAAGGUCCGACUUUCCACAGCAAGUAUACAUGGUCCGCUCUUAUACAGAAAGGUUACUCGAGAACUGUACGGGCAUUCAUCUGCUUUAUUGAGGAAAAGUGAAAUUAUUUCGCAACGCCAUAGCGCUGGUUUCCAAUACGUCAUUUUGGUAAUCAUUUUGGGUAUCAAUACUGUUUGGCGUUUAUUCUGCACUAGAACCAUUUGUCGAUGCAUACCUAGAAGGCGCAAUGCGUGGGUAUUUAGCCAACGCGCUUCACAAGCGCCGCGUCUACAGAUUCGAGGUCUAGGCUAUUCUGCCGUAACAUUUACAUAUACACAGCCUGGUCUAUAGUUUCUGACUACCCCAGGGAUCUGAAACUAUCAGCUACGACAUGCCGGGAAGAAAUAAGAACAUGUGUAUGGAAAAUACUAUGUUACGUGGAACAUAGAGUGGCCCUAAGCUUCAUAUUUCU